AUGCAUAAGCUAUCCUUAGUAUUGGCCGCAGUGCUGCUGUGUUUCGUCUUCGCCACAGCGCAGGUUGUGCCAAAUUCAGAGAUCGGUCGUGUUGCUGUACAAGUACCGUUGCUGUCCAACGGAAAGCCCCUGAUAACUGACGAUCAUGUGGAGAUUGCCCGCGUAGUUGAGAUCACGCCGAGCAAAGGGAUUGAGGAGGUUGUGGCGCCACCCACGGUCACAGUUCCCUUGAUGAAGGAAUCAGCGCUGGUGCGAAAUAAGCGCGCUAUUACUAUGAAUCGAGGAAUACCGAACCAUGGCAUUCCAAACCCAGGAAUUCCUAACCACGGCAUUCCCAAUCGCGGAAUUCCAAACCACGGCAUUCCCAAUCGCGGAAUUCCAAACCAUGGCAUUCCAAACCCAGGAAUUCCAAACCACGGCAUUCCCAACCGCGGAAUUCCAAACCACGGCAUUCCAAACCCAGGAAUUCCUAAUCACGGCAUUCCCAAUCCUGGCAUUCCUAACCACGGCAUUCCCAAUCGCGGAAUUCCAAACCAUGGCAUUCCAAACCCAGGAAUUCCAAACCACGGCAUUCCCAACCGCGGAAUUCCAAACCAUGCCGCCUCCGAACUCAUGCCCGUUGCUGUCCUUCCACCCACCACCAUCCCAACCCCAACGAUAGUUCCCAAGCGUGGACCCUCAAAGACGUGCCAUCAGCUCUUGCUGGCAGAUAUGACCACAACGCCUUCGCCCAUGAUGAUGGAGUCCAAGCCCGCCGAGAACUGUGAUAUUCUAUGCACCAAGCACGACUUCGUGCCCAUUUGCGCGCAUAACGGCAUCUGCACGCAUGAGUUCGCCAACCAGUGCGUCCUGGACACCUAUAACUGCAAGAAUCGUGAUUUGGCGUUCCGCGUCGUCGAUGAGGAUGUCUGCCGCCUGGGCUUAUGUGCGCGACGCUGCAAUGAGGAUGAUCUUAAGGUUUAA